GGAUCCCAACCUACCCUGCAUUUCUGUGUUGGCUUUAUGAGAGCCAACUUCUUUAAAAGGGCUUUUUAAGCUCUUGACCAGGGAGUACUCAUCCUGACACAUCACUCCUCAGGGAACAACUGCCUUAGACUUCUCCAAGCCAUGAUUUUCUUCCUUUUUGCAAGAACAAGAACACUGGAUACCUUGGAAUUAAAAGAGCUAUUAAGGUGACGGACACUCACAUCAGCUGGAGUUGGUGCAACCAGACCUUUCCUUAUGAAUUGUGGGCACAUUUCUAUCAGUAAAUUGUCUGCUUGGAUGAUUAAUGACUUCUGAAUUGCUGUAAGAAUCUGGUGAAUGAUCUUUGGUUGAAGAACUGUCACCAAAACCUGAGUGCAAAUUACAAACCGCAGAAUUUUCCAGUUCAGGAAAAAAGGGAAAGAAACAGAUGUAAAUGACCUCUUCUUGAACAAAAUGUUCUUUCCAGUGCCUUGGGUGGACUCUAGGAAGCCAGUGCUUCUGGGCAGUCUCCUGUUGCUGAUCUCCUCACAAAUAUUGGCUAUGUCCCACAUCCUGAUGGAUAUGGCUCUGAAUUCUUUUGAUGACCAGUAUCUGGGGUGCAGAGAGGAGAUGAUGGAAGAACUGGAGCAAGGAGACUAUUUUCAAAAGGAAAUAGCUGCUAACAAGGACUACUUGAGCCUCUGGAAGAAGGCUCAGGAGGCUUUGUUAAAGAGCCCUGUAGGUCUCCUGAGGGAGAUGCAUGACAGCCAUGCCAUAGUCCUCAUGGCUUACACCAUGAACUCUUCCCUGCACUCUCAGCUGAACUGGGCUACGUCUACAGCAGGAAUCUCUCCAGAGCACUACAGACACAACUUCAGUUUCAAAUAUUUUCACUUUUACCUAACAACUGCUAUCCAGAUAAUGAAGGAAUGGCAGAGCAGCAAGGAAAGCAUGGGGAAACGUAAGUGCUACCAGGUGCACAGGGGUGUAAAAGACUUAUAUAUCGAGGCCACGGUAGGCAGCAGGGUGCGAUUUGGCCGUUUCACUUCCACCUCCCGCCUCAGGAGUGAAGCCCAGAAGUUUGGGAAUGAAACUUUGUUUACAGUGACUACUUGCCUGGGAGCAGCUAUGCAAGGCUUUUCUUACUACACAUCUGAGAAGGAAGUCCUCAUUCCCCCUUACGAGAUAUUUCUUGUCAAAAACUUCAUUCAGACACAGGAUGGUAACCGGCUGCAUCUUCAUUCUGUGGGGAACUAUAGCAAGUACCACUGCCAGCUGGUGGAAGGUAUUGUAUACAGCCUCUCAUACACGGUGGGGGCAAGGACAGUCUGGUCUCCACUACCCCAAGCAGCCCUCACCAGCUGCACCUACACAGGGUCACACUCAAGGGCAAAUCUGUAG